AUGACAGUGAAGUACAGUGGAGUCCCUGCCGAGUCGGCGUCGGUGCGGGCGACGACUCCCUUUGAAGGGCAGAAGCCGGGCACAUCAGGACUAAGAAAGAAGACCCGCGAGUUCAUGCAGCCCGGCUAUCUGUCAAACUAUGUGCAGGCAGUAUUCGACUGCCUCCCUCAGUCUGAAGUUCGGGGAGGUACAAUGCUGGUUGCAGGAGAUGGCCGCUACUUUUGCGACGAAGCAAUUAAGAAGAUUGUAGCCAUUGCAGCAGGCAACGGCGUGGGCAGAGUUUGGAUAGCUAAGGAUGGAUUGGCUUCAACCCCUGCAUGCAGUGCUAUUCUGCGUCUUCGAGAAGAAGGGGUUGCCUUCGGCGGGUUUAUUUUGACAGCCUCUCACAAUCCCGGAGGCAUUGAUGCGGACUUCGGCGUUAAAUACAACACAGCCAAUGGAGCGCCUGCGUUAGAAGGCCUGACAAAUCAGGUGUACGAGCGGACGAAAGUCAUAAAAGAAAUAAAACAUGUUAAAUUGCUGGACUUUGAUUUGGACUCCUACGGUGUCAAGGUUCUUAUAAAGGAACAGUUCAUGGCAGAGGUGAUCGACGGCACUGAGGACUGGUUGCGCCUAAUGAAGGCGGUGUUUCACUUUCCUGCUCUAAAGAGAUUGUUGCAGUCUCCGUUUUCUUUUGUCUUCGACGGCAUGAACGGCGUCGCGGGCCCUGCAGCAGAACGCCUUUUCGUACAGGAGCUGGGGGCAAAACCCAGCUGCCUCCGGUGCUGCAAACCCCUCCCGGAUUUCGGAGGUCACCAUCCCGACCCGAAUUUGGAGUACGCAAAGGAGUUGGUGGAGAUAAUGAAAAUUUUCUCUCCUGAGAAAGUUGACAGCAGCACGCCUCUCUUCGGGGCUGCAGGAGAUGGAGACUGCGACCGCAAUAUGAUUCUAGGUCCUGGUUUCUUCGUGACUCCCAGCGACUCUGUCGCCAUUAUUGCGAUGUACGCUGAGAAAGUAAUCCCUUUUUUCAUGAAAAAUAAAGACGGAAGUGGAGGGUUAAAAGGAGUCGCAAGGUCCAUGCCCACAUCAAUGGCCCUUGACAGUGUAGCAAAAAAACUCGGCAAAGAGCUGUACGAGACGCCAACGGGCUGGAAAUACUUCACGAACUUGAUGGAUGCGGGGAAGUUGUCUAUUUGCGGGGAGGAAUCCUUUGGAACUGGGUCGGUUCAUGUGCGCGAGAAAGACGGCUUGUGGGCAGUGCUCUGCUGGCUGUCGAUCUUGGCUUACCGCAACGGCCUCAUGGAUAACAUGCAAGAAGAACUCGAAAUGCAGAAGGAGGGAAAGCUCAUCCCCCAAACGCCUCCGGCAACCCUAGAAAACUUCGUAGGAGUUCAACAGAUCGUCGAAGAAUUCUGGAAAGAAUUCGGAAGAAACUAUUACAUGAGAUACGACUUCGAGAACAAGAGCAGCACAGCAGCCAACGAAAUGAUGGCCGCCUUGAAGCUGCUGACGGCUGGGGGCAAGGAGGCCCUCGAGAGCCACAUUAAGGCAACAGUUCCAGCAGAACUGCAGAGCAAACUAAAAGCAGAAAGAAUUGAUGUUUUCAAAUACACAGACCCCAUCGACCACUCUGUCGCCGACAACCAGGGAAUUCGCCUCUUCUUCCCUAAAGGAAGGGCCAUCUGGAGACUGUCAGGCACUGGAAGCAGCGGGGCUACCAUUCGCAUGUACUUUGAGUUGGUGGAGGAUAAGGAAGACUGUCUCAUGAAGAAACCUCAAGAAGUUCUAAAGGACUUAAUUGCUUAUGCAAUUGCCUUUUGCAAAAUCAAGGAAUACGUCGGCACAGACGUUCCCACAGUCAUCACAUAA